CUUUUUGAAGCAGCAAGUUAGCUCAAAACUACAUUCAAGAUGCCUAUGUUCGAGGAUUAUGACCUUGCUAAGGCCGUUGAGAGGCAAGAGAAGAAGAACGCCUCUACGAACAACAACCCUAACGGCAAUGACCACACCAGUGGACAAUCAACUGGAAAUACUCACCCUCACGUAGACCCACAUUCUCUGCCUAUUCCUGGAGAUGAUGAUGGACCUAUCGAAGUUCCCGCCACGAGAUCAUCCAUCUCUGAGGCAGCAAAAUACAUGCACAACUUAAGCGUUUCUCCCUCUCAGAAGGAGAGAAGAGGCUCUCGCAACUCCUUCGGCGCAGCUCUUCCCAUCCCCCGAUCUAAGAGACAAUCACGGCUAUCGUCAGUUCACUAUCCCGAUGAAAAUGAGGCUAUCGGUCGCCCAACCCGGCCGGGCAUGCCACCCGUCCAGCCUUCCCGUGCCAUCCUAGCUUCCCAAGUCCAGAGCGUCGAGGUCGAGAAGGUGAAGAAGGCCAAGAACAUGGCUUUCGCUUUCGACAUCGACGGUGUCCUUGUCCACGGUGACCGACUCAUCCCUGAAGGCCGCCGCGCUCUUGAGAUCCUGAACGGCGACAACGAGCUCGGCCUUAGGAUCCCCCACAUCUUCCUGACCAACGGAUCCGGAAAACCCGAGAAGGACCGUUGCGAACAGCUCUCCAGAAUUCUACAGAACCCCGUCAACACGGAACAAUUCAUUCAAUCACACACCCCCAUGAGCGCCCUUGCUGAGUACUACAACACCGUUCUAGUCGUCGGUGGCGAGGGCUACAAGUGCCGAGAAGUCGCCGAGCUGUACGGCUUCAAGGACAUCGUCGUCCCUAACGAUAUCGUCGCCUGGGACGAGUCUAUCGCACCUUACCGUGUGUUCACCGAGGAGGAGCGAGCCUCUUCUCGGCCACGAGACUUCAGCAAGGUCAACAUUGAGGCUAUCUUGGUCUUCUCCGACUCCCGAGACUACGCCACCGACAUGCAAAUCAUCAUGGAUGUGCUACGCGCGGAGAACGGCCGUCUACGUACCCUCGCCAAGGACCCCGUCUCCUCGCGAGUCCCCAUCUACUUCUCCCAGGGUGACCUGCUGUGCCCCACGGAGCACUGGCAGCCCCGCAUGUCCCAGGGCGCGUUCCGCAUCGGUCUGGAGGCCAUGUACCGCGCGCUGACGGGCACCGACCUAGAGCGUGUGGUGUACGGCAAGCCGGAGAUGGCGACGUACAAGUACGCGGACGAGGUGCUGACGUCGUGGAUGGGGCAGCUGCACGGCGAGGAGAGGCUGCCCGAGAACAUCUACAUGAUCGGCGACAACCCGGCGUCCGACAUCGUCGGCGGAAACAUGUACGGCUGGAACACGUGCCUCGUCCGCACGGGAGUCUUCCAGGGCGGCGACAACGACGAGAACAACCCCGCCAACUUCGGCGUCUUCCCCAACGUCCUCGAGGCCGUCCAGGCCGCUCUCCGCAAGCAGCUCGGCGACGACUUCAAGAUGCACUUCGAUGAGAGCAUCAACCCCGUCCUGCACGGCGACAAGGCCGAAGCCGCCGCCAUCAUUUGAUUGUCUUUUUUUUU